AUGCGGGUGCAAGUGACCUUGGAGACAGCUGUGACUGGCUGCACCCCGGUACCGGCAUGUGUUGCAGCACGAUCUAUUAUAACCAGACGAAACAGUCUACCUAACCUGUUCUGGAGAAAGUCCCUGUACCAAAACAAUCUCGAUCCCCAUUCCCAUGGACAUUAUGUUUGCUUAACACAUCCGCCGUUAAUCAAACAACCUUUAGGAAGCGGUUGGCUCAGGCUGGCACCCGAAAAUUCUGCUGCUCUUGCUGCUAUUGCUGCUGCUGCCACUGCCGCUUCUGCUGUUGCAGUAGAAGUAGAAAUAGUUAAUAGCUAUUGUCGUACUAUUUCCACCUUGGUUCUAUCUGUCUCCUUGAAGGUUCAGUUGAAAUGA